AUGGACGCCUUCGUCGUGCGCACCAAGCGCCCGGCCGAGCGUUCGCCCACAAAGGUGAAGAGUCAGAAUCACACCCAAUCGACGCAAAGCGAGAGCAAGAGCGCGCGAAGCGAUCGCCCGACGUGGAAGACGGUCGAUGCGUCGCUUUUAGUCCACGAUGAUUCAAGAUGCGCGCCGUCGACGAAGAUCGCGGCGUUCGAUCUGGACGAGACGCUGGAGCGGACGAAGAGCGGACGGAAGGCGUACGCGGCGACGGCGGACGACUUUAAACCGCUGAACGAACACGUAGGAAGGGUUUUGAGGGCGUUACACGAGAGUGGGUACAAGAUAUGUAUUUUUAGUAAUCAAGGGGCGGUGAAGAGCGCGCUGGAGGGAUCGAGGGCGACGACGGUGCGGAUCCGGUUGGAGCGGCUCACGGAGACGCUCGAUGUGCCGUUUCAGGCGUUUUGCGCGACGCAGAUUAAUAAAGAGGGCAAGGUGAACGAUCCGCACAAUUAUCGCAAGGGUGGAGACGGGAUGUGGAGGCGUAUGGUGCGCUUACACAACGGAGGGGUCGAGCCGGAUCUCGCCGAGUGCUUUUACGUCGGCGAUGCCGCCGGCCGUGCGGGGGAUCACAGCGAUGUCGACUCAGUCUUCGCCAAAACUGUGGGGAUCAAAUUUUACACUCCUGAGGAUAUCUUCGUCGAAGGCGAAGCGUGGAAAACGUCGUGA